UCUCUAUCUCUCCAUGAGAUUGCAUCCUCGGAUCUGCCUAUUUUCCCAUAAACCCGGACCCGAGCUCAAAGGCAUCAUACAAGCUUACGAGGCUCUUAAUGACAAGGUGCACGGAAACAUGCCCGGUGUUGGGUCCUCUACAGAGAAAAGAGAGGGUGCACAGAAGGAGGGUGGUCCCUCAAAGCACAAAGUCAUGCAUAGCCCCCGCAGAAAGGAUGAGAAGCCCAUCAUGUUCACCUGCACUGUUAUUCCGAAGAAACCGGUGCCCGUCGAGAAGAUGCUGGAGUGUACACUUGAGGAACUUUGCUAUGGUUGUGUUAAGAAGGUUGAGUACACGAGGAAGGUUCUUGCUAGCAAUGGGUUGAUGAUCGAAGAGCAUAAGUUACUACGCAUAAAAGUAGAGCCUGGAUGGAAGAAAGGGACCAAGAUCACAUUCGAAGAUGUCGGCGAUGAACGGCCAGGAUUUCUUCCAGCUGACGUGAUCUUCACCAUCUCAGAGAAGAAGCACCCCUUGUUCAAGAGAGAAGGGAAUGACUUGGUGUUGGCAGUGGAAAUCUCCCUCGUGAAGGCCCUCACAGGUUGCACUCUCUCUAUCCCUCUCUUGGGUGGGGAAAAAAUGAGAUGUUCAAUGGAUGAGAUCAUCUACCCUGACUAUGAAAGGAUCAUCAACGGCCAGGGGAUGCCGGUCCCCAAAGAGAAUGGAAAGAGAGGGGACCUGCGAAUCAAAUUCCAUAUUAGCUUCCCAACACACUUGAGUGAUGAUCAACAGUCCGAUAUUUCUAUUAUUCUUCAAGAUAGUUCUUGAUCACCAUUCAUUCUUCUUCUACUUUCUUUUUUACUUCUUUCCCCAAAUUCUAAGUUGU